CCUCUCGGUCUCCUAGCAACCGCUGCUAAGGCGCGUAAUACGUCAGCGAGGCGCGCCGCCGGGUUCCAUUUCUGGCGGUUGGAUGUUGGGGAGCCCCUCCCCCCCAACCCGCCAGCGGGGACAGGAUGCCGGGCGAUUGUGCAGAAACACCACAAAUGACUGAAGCCUCCUUUCUGCUUGAACAUUGAGCCGAAGAACUUCAUCAUGGGUCAACAGAUUUCAAACCACACACACACUGUUAUUAGCAAGUUGCCAGAAAAAUUAGUAAAACAUGCAUCUUUGGUUCGAGAAAGUGGCUUUCUGACUUAUGAAGAGUUUCUGGGGAGAGUAGCUGAACUUAAUGAUGUCACCACAAAGUUGGCUUCUGGCCAGGACAAACAUCUGCUGUUUGAAGUGCAGCCAGGUUCUGAUUCCACUGCUCUUUGGAAGAUGGUGGUUCGGAUUCUCUGUACUAAGAUAAACAAAACAAGUGGCAUUGUAGAAGCUUCAAGAAUUAUGAACUUAUAUCAGUUUAUGCAGCUUUAUAAAGACAUCACAAGUCAAGCAGCAGGAGUUCUUGCACAGAGCAGUGCCUCUGAAGGGACUGCUGCAAGUCUAUCAUCUCUGUCAUCUUGCCAGGCCAGCUUAUGGAUGGGAAGAGUUAAACAGCUGACUGAGGAGGAGGAAUGUUGCAUCUGCAUGGAUGGACGUGCUGAUUUGAUUCUUCCAUGUGCUCACAGCUUUUGUCAGAAGUGCAUUGAUAAAUGGAGUGAUCGCCACAGGAACUGUCCUAUUUGCCGUCUACAAGUGACUGGGACAAAUGAUUCUUGGGUAGUGUCAGAUGCACCUACAGAAGAUGAUGUUGUUAGCUAUAUACUCAACAUGGUAGAUGAAGCAGGCCAGCCUCACAGACCAUGAUAUUGGUGACUACUGAUUAAAGUGCUUGAAGGUUUCAUUAUCAUGAACAUUUGCUUUUCCGAUUCAACCAUAUUUCAUGCCAUUUAGAUGUCUCUUUGGUUGCUGCAACCUAAAUCUACACUGUUCCUUUAAAACACAGGAUAUAUGAGCCAAUAGUUCUGGGUGCAUUCUUAACUUUUAAUAUGUAGCUUCAUUAAAUGAUCUAAAUUGUUAGAUCACUAAUGCUUGUAAAGGUUACAUUUACAAUGCCUUUUCUGUCAAAAUUAAGCGCUAUUGGAAUAUUUUUAUUAGUAUUUGAAUUAUAACAUAAGAGUGUUGCUGUACCAGCUUUUUGAAGACUAUCAGGGGAACUUUAUUAUAGAAGAUGCAGUGUUUUAUUACUGAAGGACCUGCCUUGCAUCCUUUUUCUUCAUAAGUAAUCCUUGUUCACACAGUUCAGUGUGAUGACUCACAGAUAUAAAGAUUCCUAACAUGAGUUAGGAUUACACAAUAACUAAACUGAAGAUCUGAAAUUUAAGAAGCAUCUUUUCCCUUUCCCUCAUUGGUCAUUUGUUGCCAUGUAUUAAUUAUAUGUAUUGAGUUAAUGUUUAGCAUAGAAAACUGUUUGUAACCUAUUCUUGGGGAUCACAGAAACCAGUCCUAUCAGAGUGUGUGCUUUCCUUUUUCCUAGCACAGUAUACUUUUUAGAAGGCUAUUUUAUCUGAUAUUCUAAAAUUGCAUAGAAAACAAAGCUGUACUAAAUAGCUUUCCACACAGACCCAAAGGUUAAAACAAUAUAUUUCCAUAGCUUUUUUGUUGUUGUUGCGUGACAAUCAAAAAUUGUCUUGCGCACUAAGCAUAUGUGAAAAGAACUCACAUGCAUCUGAUGAAGUGGGUCUUUGCCUAUGAAAGCUUAUGCUCCAAUAAAUCUGUUAGUCUAUAAGGUGCCACAGGACUCCUCGUCACUUUACUGAAAGGCUUCGUAUAGUAUCUGUCAUGGUUUUGUUUAGUCUUGAUGCUUUUGCUUCAUUUUUCCUGAGUUUUCAAAGUUACAACAUUAAGCAUACUUCUUUAAAAAAAAAAAAAAAAAGUGAUAAGCUAAAUUGGUGCUGUACUUAAUUUCUACAAGUGCAAUAUGCCUUUUUUGUAGCAAGGAGAAACUUCUGCUUUAAUAAUAGCUUCAUUUUGCUUCAAAUCAAAUGUACAGCUCUGAAAAUCUGAAAAAAGCAGUAAAAACACUACCUACUUGUGUGUGUUUUUGCAGCAAAAUAAGUUUUUCUCUAUAAAAAAAAUAACAUGCAAGUGCACAAGGUACAAGCUUUGCAUUCUGUCAUACAUAAAAUGACACUUUGAAUCAAUUUAAUUG